AUGGAACCAGCCAUAGCCGCCAUCCCCGCUCAAGCACGUUCAAAACAGCUGCGUGCAUGUCUGCUAUGCUCAAUAAUCCAGCUUCCUGUGGACUUCCGCAAGAACGGCUGUCCAAACUGUGAAGACGUUGUUCAGAUGAAGCACAACCCCGACCGCAUUAGUUCAUGUACGACAACAUACUUUGACGGUGUCAUCUCUGUCAUUGACCCGGAUAAAAGCUGGGUAGCGAGAUGGCAGCGCACAUCGAAAUAUGUUCGAGGGAUGUACGCCGUGCGUGUUAAAGGUCGCAUACCAGAGGACGUCGAGGCGGAGCUUGAGAACCGGGGCCUCAAGUACCGCCCACGCGACCAGACGGACCAGGAUUAGAUCCUGCGGUACAGGAACAUAGUUUAUGUACAUGUAUUUUAUUUAGAUCACGUGAUCCAUUGAAGUUCCUUUAACGCGUCGCCGUUGGUUU